AGGGGCCGCCGUGAGUUCCCCACGCGUGUCGUGACAGCGACGUCAUGAGCGGGUCCUUCGCCCCGGCCCCGGCCCCCGCGGCUUGGAAACUCCUGCUGCUCUGCCUCGCAGCCUCCGGGUCCCUGGCGGGGGUGCUGGAGAUGGAGCGCAGUGUCACUGCGGUGCUGGGCAAGGACGUGGUGCUGCCGUGCCGUUAUCGGGCGCAGGAGGGCGAGAAGGUGGUGCAGGUGACGUGGCUGAAGCUGGGCACCGACGGGCAGAACGUGGAGAUCGCAGUGCUGAACUCGGAGUAUGGGGAGCACGUCCAGGAGCCCUACGUGGGGCGGGUGCUGCGACAGGUGCCGGGGCCGCUGGAGGAUGGCGCCAUCGUGCUGAAGAACGCCGUGCAGGCUGACGAGGGCGCCUACGAAUGCCGCCUCAUCACCUUCCCCUCGGGCAACUUCCAGGGCAGCAUGACGCUCAGCGUGCUGGUGCCCCCACUGCCAACCCUGAACCCUGGCCCCCCGCUGGAGGAAGGGCAGGGGAGGACGCUGGCCGCCUCCUGCACGGCCGAGGGCAACCCCGUGCCCACCGUGACCUGGGAGACGCAGGUUCACGGCACCAACAGCACCCGCCAGUCCUUGCACCCCCGCUCGGCCUCCGUCACCAGCGAGUUCUUCCUGGUGCCCGGGCGCAGCAUGAACGGCAAGACGCUCACCUGUGUCGUCAGCCACCCGGGGCUGCCGCACGAAAAGAGGAUCACCCACGUGCUGAGUGUCGCCUAUCUCUCAGAUGCCUCAGUGCGAGGGCACGAGGAGGAGGAGGACUGGCAGGCAGGCAAGGAGGGGGUCUCGCUGAAGUGCCUUGGUGAGGGCAACCCCCCACCCACCUACAACUGGACCCGGCUCAAUGGCCCCAUGCCCGAAGGAGUGAAGGUCAAGGGGGCCACCCUCCUCUUCCAGAGACCCCUCAUCCCCGACGACACAGGCAUCUACAUCUGCCAGGUCGCCAACAGGUUUGCGGCCAAGGAAGUUCGGGCCAGCAUCAGCAUAAAAGCAGAGAGCGAGCUGCAGAAGGUGAACGUGGUCUCGGCCUCGGUGGUGGUGGUGGGCGUCAUCGCGGCCGUGCUACUCUGCCUGCUGGUCCUGGUCGUCGUGCUCAUGACCCUCUACCACCGACGGAAAACCAGGCGCAUCUCCGAGAAAUACGAGGAGGAGCUGACCCUAACAAGGGAGAAUUCCAUCAGGCGCCUGUACUCCAGCCACAGUGCCAGCACCCGGAACCAGACAGAGGAAACCCUGCACCUGCGGGGGGACAGCCGGCAGGGAAGCCUGCGGGGGGACAGCCUGCGCGGCACCAGCAUCUGCUCCGUCAUGAGCGAGGAGGCAGAGGGGCGCAGCUACUCCACCCUGUCGACGGUGCGGGAGAUUGAGACGCAGACGGAGCAGCCCCCGGCCCCAGCGCCCACCCCGGAGGAGGAGAAGGAGGAGAAGGAGAAAGAGAGGGAGGAGGAAGAGGAGGAGGAGCGGGAGGAGAACACCAUCAAGGCAGCCAUGACCCACUUCGUGCAGGAGAACGGCACUCUGCGGGCCAAGCCCACCACCAACGGCAUCUACAUCAAUGGGCGAGGCCACCUGGUGUGAGCCCAGGGCCACAGGCACAGACUGGCCUGGUGCCGCGCAGGGCCAGAUCCUGGACAGGUGGAUGCCCCCUGCAGCCUGCCAGCCCCUCCCGCUGGGACUGACCCACUGAGCCCUUGUACAGACAGCCUGCCCCAGCUCUGGAUUUCUGGGGAGGGCGGAUCAGGUUCACUAUGGGGCAAAAGGGCCCUUGGCCAAUGGGGGGUCCCCUGCCACCCACGUUGGUCCUUGCUUCAAGCAACAGCCUCCUAGCUUCUCUGCAUGGGAUGUUUCCUGGCUGGCCCCGAGGGCCCCAUGCUGCUCACAAGUCAGCUCCUCCCUCCAACCCUUGCCGCAGUGGGGCUGGAGGAUAUGGUACCUGCCGGCCCUGUCCUCUCUAUCCCCAGAGGCAGGACUAGCCACAAUCGGCUCUGACGGCUUGGGGGGCUGCCUACAUCCUGACGGGGGAUAACGACUGUGGGAUCAGAGGUGGGGAGGGCACUUUACGCUGCCUCCUGUAGGGGGCACUGUCAGAGCCAUUGCAUGUGGCCCCGACGGCACUUGGAGACGUGCCCCCCAGCAUGGUGUGAGGGUGGGACCCCAGCCCUCUGUCGAGUCUGUCCUCUGGGCGACCCUGGGGACAGGCUGCCCCAUGCUGCUCCCCUGAGAGCCCCCAGCUUCCUGUGCCAUUCCUGAGAUGUCUCCAUACUCUGCGGUGCCCACCAAUGGCCGCGGGCGGACUGGCGUCAAGGGCAAGUGACCAUGGAGACACCCCAGCAGGGGCACUUGGGGGCGGGGGAAUCGGCAUCACCUGCAGGCAAGAAGAACCCAAGCGCCUUCUUCAGCCCCAUGCACACAGCCCGCCCCAUGGGGCUCAGCAUCUUGGCAUGAUGGGUGCAGCGCCCCUGUGACCAGGCUGUGAUGAACAUUGGGGUGUGGGAGGGUCUGAACCAAGACUGAGGGACCCAGACAGACCCUGUGGUUCUUUCGGCCCUCUAGCUCCCUGCCUGGGACCCACAGCUACAGAUGGGGCUGCUGAGAACACUGGAGAGCGCUGCCCUCCUGGCCUCACCAGCUCCCCAGCGCCAUGGGGUCUGGCCCCAGGAGCUAAUCUGAGGCCAUCUGAGGUUCAGGGGUGCUUGUCCUGGGUGGUUUAAUGGAGGUAAAACUCCUCUGGUCCUGGGAUGGGGAGCGGGGCUCUGAGGGUCUCCAAAUACUUUGAGAGGGUUCGAGUUCACCAAAGGUUUUUUUCCUGGUUGCUUAAAGCCAUUGGGCUUCCCCUUCCCCCACCUCAGUGUAAUGCACAAGUAUUUUAAACCCUCAGGUUAGUGAAAGGGGCAGCCCACCCCACCACAGCCAAGCCUCACUCUGUGUGCCUAUGCGGUCGGGAGCAGGGAUUGAACUGGGGACAUGCAGAGCUAACAGGCCAAGUGUGAACCGAAAGGCGAAGGCCCCUGAGCAGCAUCAGGCACUGCACGGCCAGGCCCAGCAGCUGGGGGUGGGUGACACUCCCUGGGUUACACAGCUGGGCUGGGUUUGAGUCUUCCCCUGGGGUUUCUCUCCUUGGCAGAGUACAAACAGGCUGAGCCCCAGUGGGACCCCUCCCCGGCAGGUUUGAACCUGGGCCUAGUGCAUUCUCCCAGCCCUGGUGCACACAGCCCCAUGGCCAGAUCAUUGCACUCCCGGGGCCCACUCUCCUCUGUGCCCACACAGGCUGCUGGCAUUGGCAGAGCAGCUGGGGUUGAAGCCCGAGUGCUGUCCCUGCCCAGAAAUGGCCUUAUUCCUGUUGGGGUAGGGGCCUGUUGGCAGGCCCAACACUCAUGGGGGGUGAAGUUUUUGUAAGGGGGGGAAGUUGGUCCAUUUGUCUAAUUCCAAUGAUGGUUCAGUGGCCCUUCAGCGGAUGCUGGGCCACGGUUCCCCCAAGGUGGCCUCACCCUGCUCCCCUCGGAGUUGGUGGCAAACCUCUCCCCCAUCUGGUCAUUGGCAAAGAGGCUGGCUCAUCCCCACAGGACACUGACGCUGCUGGUCUGCACAGGAGGGCAACUCAUGGCUCCACCGAGGGACCAACCAGAGCCUUGCCAUUGACAUCCCCCAACCCCCCGGGCUUUGGAUCAGGCUCUGUGUCCUCUUCGCCCCACGUCCAAUAUUUUGGGGAGGGCCCCUCCAGAGCAGACCCCGUCCCUGACAGCGGAAAGUAGGGUGACCAGACAGCAAGUGUGAAAAAUUGGGACGGGGGUGGAGAGUAA